CGCUCGUCACCUGACCACGUCCUUCCCCCGAUAUCGACUCCCAACUCCAGGCCGACACCUUUGCGAUUGAAAGCCCGACAGAAUCUCCUCGCCCUCUUCACUGCAAAAAUGACUGACGCCAAUGAUGAGCCCAUCAUAAAUGAUGACAUUCGUGAACAUCCCGCCACCGAAACAGAGCCUCUCCUGGCUCGUCGCCCUUCUAAUCUCUCCCAAGCCAGCUCCCUCCCUAGACACCUCACCACACGCCAUGCCUUUGCCAUUCUCAUCACUCUCCAGAUCGGAUCUGGCGUUUUUGCCUCGCCGGCCCAGAUCGAUUCCAAUGUGCCCUCACCCGGCGCAAGUCUGCUCGUAUGGGCCCUUGGAGGACUGCUAUCGUGGGCCGGCGCUGCUUCGUUUGCCGAGCUGGGCGCUGCCAUGCCCAUCAAUGGAGGCAUGCAGGAGUAUCUUCGCCAUGUUUACGGAGAUACCAUGGCUUUCAUGAUGGCUUGGAUUUACAUCAUGGCUGCCAAACCCUCGGCAAUGGCGAUUCAAAGCAUAGUCAUUGCCGAGUCCAUCGGCUCCAUUGCUUCAUUCUCCAGUCCUGAUCUGGACCCCACCUUGCUCAGACUCGUGGCUGCAGGCGCCUUGAUACUGAUUGUCAUGCUGAAUUCCGUCAACACCAAACUCACCAUGAGACUCAGUGAGUCGUUCACAGGCAUCAAGAUCUCGACUGUGUGUCUCGUGGUUCUCGGUGGCUUGAUUGCUGUUAUUGCCUAUCUUGUGAACCCAAAAUCUUCGCUGUCUGGUGCUCCCGAUUGGCAUGAGAGGAAUUGGUUCGAAACUCGAUCGACGGUUUCUGGUAGUGGGACUGUGGACUGGACAACAAUGGGAACCUGGGAACGAUAUGGUCACUUCGCUGCUGCGUUGUACGGUGGACUCUGGGCAUACGACGGCUGGGACAAUGCCAACCUAGUAGCGAGUGAGAUUCGUGAUCCCGGCAAAGCUUUACCAAGAGCGAUCAAAUACGCCAUGGUGGUUGUCCUCAGUUCCUACGAGCUUGUCAAUGUUUCCUACUAUAUAUUGCUCCCUUGGGAUGCAAUCAGUUCGAACAACGCCGUGGCCGUGACUGCAGCAGCCCGAGUGUUUGGCCACUGGGCCGGCAUCUGCAUCACCAUGCUCAUUGCACUUUCGUGCUGCGGAUCCAUCACCGGCAAUGUUUUUACCAUCGGACGCCUGAUCAUCGCUGCUUCUCAUCGCAACUACCUCCCCAGCUUCCUUGCCACACGCGGCAUCCCUGCCUCCACCCAACGCCACGCGGAUCCCGUUGCGGCACCUCGGACCAGCUCAGACUCCAAAUCCGCUUCCGUUAUUGACGCCCCCAUAUACGCAAACAUACUGACCCUUUUUGUUACCCUCGCUUAUGUCUUCUUUGGUGAGCUGCGCGCUCUCCUGACGUUUACGGGCAUGGCUACUUGGGUCUUCUAUGUCAGCACGGUUCUGGGGCUAUUGAUACUACGUCGCCGUGAGCCUCAACUAGACAGGCCAUAUAAACCGACCGUUCUAUUGCCGAUCUUGUUUGUCGUUGUCGGCGUUCUGAUGAUUGUGCGAACGGCCAUCUUCGCACCGCCGCAGAGCAUCUUGCUGGCAGUCCUCAUGGUCGUUGGCGCCGCCAUCAGCAAAUUGCGCAGAAGAGCAGCCUAUGUCUAGUUCCAUGUCGGCGACAUGCUGGAUAUGUAUGCUGCAAGCAAACCCUGUACUUAGUCUCAAAAUCCAGUGCUACUACUCCACCCCGUAGUACUACAGCAUCGGCAAUAGUCAUGGAGGGAUAUCAUGUAUUACCAUUAUCAUUCCAUGGAACAACAAAACAAAAGCAAAACCCCCGCUAUUUCUCCACAGGGACGUUAUAAUCCACAAGCCCCAACUCCUCAUCAUCCGUCCCCACCGUCCCAAACAUCUUACUCUCCUUGACUACACACUUCUGUUGGUUAGAGGAGCCCUUAUCACGUGACUAUCAUUCACAUAUUACUAGCGUAGCUUAGUUAUCCACAGCGCCUAUAUAUUAGGACGCUGCUGCUCGUACGUAGAACAAUACAACACAUUCUAUUGCUCUACUAAUCUUAGAACUUCCCCCACAACCUCCAACACCGCACUCGCCCCGCCAAACCUCCUACCAACCACCCUCCCAAACAUCUCGCCACCCGUCACCCUCCUCACCAACGGCCUCAACGCCAGCAGCACCCCACCAACAAGAUCCACCCCACUCUCCGCAACGCUCAAACUCAACGGCGCAACCUCCUCGCCGACACCACGUUCGACACACUCAUGGACUUCCACAGCACUACCCCGUUCGAUCGCGCACCUCCCAUCGUCCCCUCCGCCCGCUUUCUCCCAGUUAUAGAUACGUAAACGGCUUGCUGUUUGUCAACGGCACCACGACUUGCGCGAGGGCUGUGAGCGCGACGAAUGGCGCUGUGGCGUGGAUGCUGCGUUUG